UGGGCUAAUUUAUCUACUCGCACGUGCAGGGGCAAAAUGAGUUUUAAAAAAAUCUGUUGAACAAAUUGGUUUAACAAGAAAGCUAAGAGCUAUUGUAACUUAAAUCGAAGUUAAAAAACGUGGACAUAUUUUUCUGCAAUAUACCCUCUUAACGAAUUAUACAAAUAUUUUCUAAGUUGAUAUCCCCCGAAGUUAACAAAUUAUCCGGCUUUAAGCUGUCACUUUGCUUUCAUUUGGACCUUACGAACAGAAAUUUUAAAAUUUUAGAGUAUAUUCAGAUUGUUAAUGUGUCGAGGAUGCCCGUCGCUGUCCGCUUGGUGGAAGCAUUGGCCAUAGUCACACUAAUGGCGCUCAUCACUUGUGUUUCUCUCGGCGUAGUCAUUGCUCAGCGGACGUUGAGCCUCACGAUAACAUUCAUAGAGCCAGCAGCAAAUAUACUUGACGUAGUUCUGAUCAUGGCCGAGAAGAUGUUCAUUGGCGCCUUAGUUUCCACGGUUGCCCUAAUUAACACCGUUUGCAGUGCAUUGCAUAUGAUUGGUUUUGCCUGAAGAAUUGACUUAUACAUUGUCAUGGCCUGUCAUUACUGUGCAUUAAAUAUAUUUCCUGUCGAGAUACAUUUUAAGUCAAAUCUUAA